AUGUUUUACCACAUCUCCCUGGAGCACGAGAUUCUCCUGCACCCCCGGUACUUCGGGCCCAACCUGCUCAACACCGUCAAACAGAAACUCUUCACCGAGGUGGAGGGGACCUGCACCGGGAAGUACGGAUUCGUUAUAGCAGUGACCACCAUUGACAACAUCGGGGCCGGUGUGAUCCAGCCCGGCCGGGGCUUCGUCCUGUACCCCGUCCGCUACAAGGCCAUCGUGUUCCGGCCCUUCAAGGGGGAGGUCGUGGACGCCGUGGUCACCCAGGUCAACAAGGUCGGGCUGUUCACCGAGAUCGGGCCGAUGUCCUGCUUCAUCUCCCGCCACUCCAUCCCCUCCGAGAUGGAAUUCGACCCCAACUCCAACCCCCCCUGCUAUAAAACUGUCGAUGAGGACAUUGUGAUCCAGCAGGACGAUGAGAUCCGGCUGAAGAUCGUGGGGACCCGCGUGGACAAGAACGACAUCUUUGCCAUUGGCUCCUUGAUGGACGAUUACCUGGGCCUCGUCAGCUGAGCCCCAGCAGCAGCCGCGACCCCUCUUCAAUUUGUGCCCCCCCAAUUUUGGGGGUCUCUCCCCAAUUUUGGGGGGUUUUGGUGGCAGGGCCACCCCCAGAGCUGGUGGGGCUCUGUCUUUCCCCUCCAUAUUCCAAA